UGACUUCGUGCCGAUUUGCGUUUCAAUGAACAAACAUGAAAGUGCCAAAGUUAAUAAAAUCCGUGAGAUAUUCCCUGUUCGCUGUGAACUGUCUGUUUUUGCUAACAGGAGCGGUGCUGCUCAUCACGGGAGUGAUAUCCCUUACCGCCUACCGGGAGUAUGAGCUGCUUAUCACCAACCGGUUCUUCAUUCUCCCUGGCCUGGUGAUAGCCACGGGGGUGAUCAUAUUCUUUGCGGCGCUUCUCGGCUUCUAUGGAGCUAUAUCGGAACACUUCUAUUUUAUAGCCGGGUACGUGGGUCUACUGCUCGUGAUACUACUCUUCGAGAUAUCCAUCACGAUAAUGGGGUUCACGCUGCGGGAGGACGGCGUGUCGGAGAUCAGGUCAACCAUGGCCACCAGUCUCCAGCAGUACGAGACCAGGAGUGACGUCGCUGUUAUAUGGGAUGAGCUGCAGAUGGGCUUCCAAUGCUGCGGCGUCACCGGUCGGAACGACUGGGUGUCGAACCGACUACCGGUGUCGUGCUGCUACAUCGACUACGGCACGAUAUCGCCGUUCGAGUGCGGCACCGGCAACGCGUAUACCAGCGGCUGCGCGGCGGCGCUGGGAGAGUGGUUGGGAAGGAAGGCCUUUGCGGUUGGCGUCACGGGCGCUACUGUUACUUGCUUACAGAUAACAGGGAUAAUAAUCCUAUCGGUGGGUAGUUCGGUGCAAUCAGCAUACAAUGGCUACCACGAGUUCCUGUCGGAGAGAUUCUUCUCUCUGCCGGCUUUCUGCAUUGCGACUGGAGUCAUCGUCUUCCUCAUAGCCUUCGCUGGCUUCUAUGGAGCUUAUAUGGAGAACUAUUAUGUGACCAUGGCGUUCGCCGGCUCCAUGAUCCUGAUGUUCGUGUUCCAACUAUCGGCGUGUAUAGCGGGGUACGCACUGCGCGGGAACACGGUGGCGCUGGUGCAGAAGCAGCUGCUCAGCACCAUGGACCUGUACGGGAUUCACAAGAGCGUGGAGGUCACCAAGCUGUGGGAUGAGGUGCAGACUGACUUCACCUGCUGCGGCGUGGUCAACUCCAGCGACUGGCUGGUGCCACUCAACACCACGGACACCCUGGGUCUCCCGGUCAGCUGCUGCAGCCACAUCCCUGGUACCGUCACCAGUUUCGUCUGCAACACCACCAUGGGAUACAGUACCGGAUGCUCGGUUGCGUUUGGCGACUGGGUCCAGUCGCAUGCGGGGACCAUCGGCAUUACUGGAGUGUUUCUGGUUAUUAUGCAGGCGUUGGCAGUAGCGGGCGCCGUGUGGCUAGCCAACAUCACAAGAAGAGAACAGGAGUUCCCGUAGAACACUAUAGUUACCUAAUAUUAUUAAUUUUGUUUAUUAAAUUAUUUGUUAUUUAACAAUGUAACAUUCUUGUGUUGAUUUAGUUUGUAUAUAAUACAUCGAGAGUAUGAAUUAAAUUUUAUGAAUGUGUUA